ACCGAUAAUAGAAUCUUUUCUGCCGAAGAAAUCCAUCAUUAUAUCUAUGUAUGUAGGUCUAUUAUAUCUUCUUUGCAGAAGAAAUCAAUCAUAUAAUUGAUUUUAAAGCUAUUAGUCUCACGUAGUCUUCCCCCAGCAGGGAAGAUAUUUGUGGUGCUAACUCAGAAGUUACUUGGCCAAUAAUAUUAUAUACCGAAGCUCUUAAGCUAUGGCGAAUAGAAAUGAAAGUACAACUAUAAAAGUGGAUAAUGAGCAGAAAGAGGAAGACGAUGUGCUGAAGAGGGAGAACUAUAGACAGUCAUCGUUGAACAAGUUGUUUCUAAUGGCACACAUCCUUGCUAUCGUAAUUGAUCCAUUCUUCUUCUAUAUUCCGGUCAUAGAUCCUGAUCGGAAGUGCCUUAGAAUGGACCCAGUAUUGAAAUUUGUGGUUCCUGGUUUGAGAACUGUGCUAGAUCUCUUCUAUAUCUUCCGACUUUUUUAUUUGAAGCCCCGUAGUAGUGAUACAUUUGAUUGGAGUUCAAACAAGAAAUCUGAUAUAGCUAUUGUCAUUUCUGCUGUUAUUCCCCUCCCACAGGUGAUAGUUAUGGCUUUGUUUCCCACAGUAUCAUGCUCGAAACAUUGGACUAAAUAUAUGAGAUUUAUGGACAUACUUAUUCUGUUCCAAUAUGUGCCAAGAAUUAUCCCAAUCUAUAGAUCAUCCAUGGAGCUCAAUUGGAGUUAUGAUUCUAUGGCUGAUCGUGUAUUCGUGAAAGGUGCCUUCAAUUUCUUUCUAUAUAUUGCUGCUAGUCAUAUAGUUGGGUCCUUUUGGUACUACUUCUCCAUUCAACGACUGAAAGUAUGCUGGUUGGAGUACGCGUGUACAAAUAAUCGACAGUUUGCUUCGCAUGCUCUUACAUGUCGCGCAAACUCUACGACCGAUCAAUUUUUAACAAACCUGAAUCAGUCUUGCCCAACAAGCUUAUCUGAAGAUGUAGAAAAAGAUUUUGGAAUAUUUGCCUUUGCCAUAUCCUCUAAUUUGAUUGGAACCGCAACCGAUUUUAUGAAAAAGUACAUGCUGUCCUUUUGGUGGGGCCUCAGAAAUUUAAGUUCUUUUGGUUCAAAUCUGGAAACCAGCAGUGACUUAUGGGAAGCCUGCUUCGCGACUAUUAUUUCUAUCCUGGGUUUACUCAUAUUUUUGUACUUAAUUGGAAAUCUACAGACAUACAUGCAAUUGGAUAGCGCGAGAUCAAACGACAUAAAACAGAGUCUAAGAAAGAGAGAAGGUGAAAUACAUGAGAUGACGAAAAACCAUGAGAGCAAACGUGCAAUGAAGGAAUGCAUCAGAAGAAAUAUUAGGAAAAUACUGAAUAAAGAAGAUGAUAAAUUUGAUUUCAAUGAUCUGAUCGAUCUUCUCAAAGAUUUUUUGGCUGACAACCCACAAGUAAAGGAAUCAGACCUAGAGGAAAAAUUUGGGGAGUGGGAAAAAUGCAUAGCUGACGGGAACAUAUACCAGGAGGGGAGGAAACGCAAGAGUGUAAGAAAAUGGAUGGAAGCUAAUGACAUCCCCAAUGAGAUAAGACUCAAAAUUAAGCAAAGUGUAUUAUGCAGAUUGGAAGACGAAGUAGAGAAGAUGUUAAUAUUGUCAAUGUGCUUGGUGUUCUUUCUAGAAAAAUUUCAAGAUGUGAUGGACAAAACCAUUGAGAUUUUGAAGCCAGUGAUCUUCGAAGAGAACAGCGUUAUAAUCUCAAAGGGAGAACCACUUGAUUUUAUGUGCUUUGUGACGCGAGGCGUGAUGUGGUGCUACGGAGGUGAAGACAAUGACACAACUGGUCACACAGAACAAUCCAUAGUCCCAGCAAAUGACUCCAACACAAGUAGUAGUAGCAGUACUAUAGCAGCACAACCGAUAUCGAUCGAGAUCGAGGGUCAAGAAUACUAUGGAAAAGAACUUCUAGACUGGCAAUUGAGCAAAACCAGUGAUGCCAAGUUCCCCAUUGCUACAUAUAACGUCAAAUGCCAUACAAAAGUUGAAGCUUUUGUUCUUAAAGCCAUCGACUUGCAAGCAUUAUUCCCAGGGACAAACAAGGUCUUCCCGGAAAUGUCCACAAAGUCUCGGAUGCCAAGGACGAUUGGUCUACUCCGGCGGCCCACUAAUUUGUCCAAUUAACUACUUUUGUGUGUUGUCUUUCUAUGUGCCUACUCCCAAUUGAUUAUUUCUUACCGGUUUCAAUUGCACCUUGUUUUCUCCCAACUUUGUUAUACUUUGUGUGCCGUGUGUUAUUGCUAUAUUAUCUUUCUGUUUUUAACAUUGUUUGACUUUUCUGAAUGUGCUUGAAUAUUCCCUCUUGUCUUUUCAUUUAAGAGAAUAUAGAAAAACAAAUGAUUAGCUGACCA